CAGGACAUUUCGAGUCCCACAACCAAACACACCUAGAAAGAAAGGUAACAGAUAGAUAGGAUUUGGAUGAGGCGCGCCAAAAAUCUCUGCAACUACCAACCACCGUCGAUGGCGUUCUCUCUCUCCUCCACCAUCAUCCCUCACACUAGGGUUUCCAUAAAUGUCUCCCUUACUCCAAUUCAACCUUUUUUCUCAACCCAACUUCCCUCAAUUCGAUCCAAGAGAACUCGCAGAGAACAAACAGUAGCUCCAAUUCGUCCCACACUUGGCCGCAUUCUCGCCAAAAACCCUUCAAUGGAAGUUAAAAACAGGCAUGAAAUUCUGACCAACUUAUAUACGUCAACUUUCGAAUGUGGAAGAAAAAGUUUUGAGAGCGCAGUUGCUGUGAUCCUUGUUUUUAUUCAAAUUGCAUCUCCAUUACCUUUAGCUUCUUGGAAUUCUUGGUCUAUUUCUCCCUCUGAAGCAGUACUUUAUUCACCAGACACAAAAGUUCCUAGAACAGGGGAACUAGCUUUGAGAAAGGCUAUCCCCGCAAAUGCAAAUAUGAAAGCUAUACAGGAUUCUCUGGAGGACAUCUCAUACUUGCUAAGGAUUCCACAAAGAAAGCCCUAUGGGACAAUGGAGGGUAAUGUGAAGAAAGCUCUAAAGGUAUCACUUUCUCAUGUAUAAUGCAGGAUUGCAGUGGAUGAAAAGCAAUCCAUCUUGAGUAGUGUACCAGCUGAUUUCAGGGAAAAGGGCUCAGAGUUGUAUGCAUCU